GAUAUAUGUGGUGGGGGCUAUUUAACCUUCGCCCCCAUCUAUCUGAAGAAGAUGAGCUUAAAGAGAAAAAAAAUCAACUUAUUCGAGAGAUUAAGGAGAAGAAACUAAGAAUAAAGAAAUUAAAGCAAGCACGGAAAGAACAAAGAGCAGAAAGAUUUAGGAGCAGGAUGAUUAAUCUGAAGGCUAGAAUUGAACGAGUAAACAUUGAAGGACUUGGUAAAACUAAAGACAGUUUAGUUUUGGACCGAUUGGGAGCGUUAUUUAAAGCUGAAACCUUUCAGGACAUUGUUCAAGCAACAAAGGUAGUGCAGAAUGAUUUGAAAAAUCUUGGAUGUUUCCGUUUAGUUGAUAUAUAUGUGGAUACAAUAGACAAGGAUAAAGGAGACAAGGAUACAGGAGAAGAAAAUGAGAAGGAUAUAAAUCAUAAAUCAUACCAGGUUAAUAUUAAAGUGGAAGAGAUUGGAUCUGUUUUUAUCAAUCUAGGCAUAGUGCCUGGAAACCAGGAGAACGAGGUCAGUUUAGCAGUACGAGGAGGAUUAAACAACCUGCAGGGCGGAGGAGAGAGAAUAGAACUGGAGAGAACGACAGGAUUGUUUAAAUCCAAACAAACUAUUCUAUCCUUCUACUCUCCACUUCAUAAUAUUAGUCAAGAAAGCAGAGUUUACAUGACACUGUCUGAAAGCAGAAAUCCGCUAUCUGAUAUGCCGGUUAACCAGGUGAAAAAAGUAUUGUCGGCUGGAGCUAGAAUAAAUACAUCACGUAUCCGUGUUUCCUCCAGGAUAGGACUAGAGCACUAUUCAACUAUACUAGACUUCAGUAGUCUUAGGACUAGUAAUAUACACAGGUGGCAUCCUGUAUCUACCAGAUGCGGGGAUCAGCUAAUUGCAACUCUGCAUAAUAGUUUUAAUAUCAACUUUCAAGAUUCAAGUCUUCUCCCUAUACAUGGGUUUAGAAGUUUUAUUUCUCAUACUGCUGGUUUACUGCCUUGGUCUAGUUCUAUACUAUUUCAUCAGUUUAAAUUUGGAUUCUCUGCCCUGUAUCCACUCUUGAAAUCUGUCUCUUUAAGCUGUUCUGGAUUCUUAACUCAUACAACUAAUAAUACACAACAGGGAUACUCAAAUAUACAGGUUCCUUUAAGUUAUAUUUCUGGUUCGAGAUCAGCUUUAGUAUUCCGGGGGGCAGACAAACCAAACCUAUAUGCAGGUGAUUUAACGGCAGCAGUAGUAACAGCUGCAAUUAUUUCCAAGUUACCAUUGUUACGAGACCACUCAAUGUUAUGUAAACACACUCGGGUUCAUGGCUUCAUCACUGCACACUCACACAGAAAUGACGGACAGCUUUCAAUAAUGAGGAAAGAUGUAAACACUUAUGUUGGGAUUGGAAUUAUUGGAAAAAUUUCAGAUAUUGGACGGUUCGAGCUAAACUACACUGUUCCUCUAUAUCCUGGAUUCGGAAAACCAGGAUUCAAAUUCUCAUUUGGAUCUCAAUUCUUGUAGUUAAAUUAUUUAUUAUUUUAAGUAUUAUUCGCAUGGACAGCGCUUCUUUUUUGAAUUUAGUUAAAACAGUUUUAACACCAAUUUUUAUUAUUUCCAAUGCUUAGGAAAUACUGAAAGUAGUUGAACUACGUGGACUUAGUUGAACCCGUAGUAGUAGCAGAAUACCUAAGAGAAGUGGUUGAACUACGUCUGCGUCUUGCUAUUUAUUAAAUCAAGUAUCAGCUUGGUAAAUCGUCUUCAGUAGCGAAAAGCCAAGAAACAAAUUAAUCCUUUGCACUAAUAUUAAGCAGAACUUGUCGGCUCAAACUUCAUAAAAUGACCGGGUUUUUUUUUUAAUAAUUAUUGGUUUAAAAAGUUCAAAUUACUAGUUAACGCAUCUGCAUUUGAAAGUACUGGUUUUGCUACAAAAAAAAUUCUAUGUGUUAAAAAAAUUAAUAUUUCUGAAUAGAA